AAAAAAAAGCGAAGACUUCUACCAUCGAAAAAUAGCCAAAACUUACUUAGUGAACUAAACUCAAAGUUGAGGGCUGGAGGGUAGGGAACUUCUGUAACUCGCAAGAAAUUAUCUUCGUAUCUGCAGAAUACAUGAGCUUGUUCUUUUCUAUUUCCAGGAGUGUUCUAGUUGCUCAGUGGGCGAGGAAUUAAGAAAAGACUUGCUCUUUUUGUCAGAGAGAAAACAAAAUUUCCUCUAUAAACCCACCCUCCCCUGGACAGGCCUCUCUUUUAAAACGUCUCGUUCCAGUCUCUAUUGGACUUAAAAUCCAACAUGGCGGAAUCAGAUGAAGAAGUUGAUGUCGAAGACGUUUCCGAUGGCGAACAAACAACCAAUUUACGAGGCUUGGGCGAUGACGAUCAAAAGGACAAAUGGUAUGAUAAAGACAUUGGCAACCAGAGUUUUUUGAAUUCUUCCAGUCUCCCAUUUUCGUCUGAGUAUUGUGAUCCCAAUUCGUGGCUUUUGGAUACAAACUCGGUUUGGUCCUUGGAUCCUUGCACUGAUGACAAAAGCAGGUCAACCAUUGAAAAGAUGAUUUUAGAAGAACAGUAUCCUUUACAUCCCUCACUUAAUUUUACCAUGCAGUGCUUAUUCCAUAAUGCAGCCAAAAAAACAAACAAACCAAAGUUGUCAUUAUCUUUUUCCACAAGAAUGUCAAAUGCAAGUGUUAAAAAGAGCGCUGCAAAAGCUAAAAAGGAUCAGCAGCCGUCUGUGACUCACAGGAAACCCUGGACAGUUGAUGAACAGGAACGUUUUGAACAGGGGCUGAGGCUGUAUGGACGUAGUUGGACCAAGAUAGCAAAUAUGAUUGAUACUCGAACAGCACUCCAAGUGAAAAACUAUGCCAAGCAGUAUUUCAGACAAAAGAACAAAGUUCUCGCAGAGUCCCAAGCAAUACAAGGAAGUACAGAAGAACAGUCCAAGGACAGACUUGUCCUUGCUGAUGUAGAGGAUGUGGUAAAUGAAGAUAGUGUUUUAGAGGAUGAAAAGGUCCUUCAAAAUACAUUUGUGUCGUCAAUUGUAGAUAAAGACAGACCGCAGAAUGAAUCGGACGAAGAUGUUGAAGUAGAUAUUGAUGGAUCGGACAGCGAUGAGGUUAACCCUUGUUUAAUUCCAGGUACAUAUAAUAAAAACGUUUUUGUUACGCCGUCGCGGACAAUUCAUUUUGGUGACGUAACCAAGACAAACGGCCAGGGCAAUUUUCACUUUUUUGCCUGGAUCAUGCCACCCAAGACUGAUNAAAGUAUACUUGACAAAGAGAUAAAAAGUAAUGUGGGUCACACAGAUAACUUAGGUUAUGUGUUAGAAGAUGAUUGCCAUUUGACACAAGACUAUGCACAGCGUUUGUCUCUUGAGGGUAAACAUUUUCCUGAUGACAUCAGCGAUAAAAAUUUGGUUCUGGAAAACACUCGGUCCAAUGUUGACAAUGCUCCACUUGAUGUCAUCGCUGCCUGUCCACAGCAACCGUUGCCCAAUGACAAGGACUGGGCGCCAGUGACGUGUGGUGAAGUUACCAGCUCUGAAUUCAUUGAGUCCUCGGAUCGCGAGCACCCUGGGGCAAACGUAAGCUUCGACACUUCAAUUGUUAUCGACAGAAAUAUUAUUCAAGACGUAGAAAAAGAACAUAAUAUGGAGUUUUUUAUGGGGCGCGCUCUCAAGACUCCGGAAAGAUACAUGAAAAUUCGCAACUAUAUUCUGGACAUGUGGGAGAAAACUAAACCAAAUUUUCUUUUCAAAACGGCCGUGCGAAGCGGUCUUCGAAACUGCGGUGACGUGAACUCUAUCGGAAGAGUACAUGCUUUCCUAGAGGACAUUGGAGCUAUAAACGAAGGAUGUCUUGAAAGACCGGUUCCACGCGUUAGAGAGCAAGGCGAGGUCACCAAUGUAAAGGAACCCUUCCACAUGGAAUCCUGGGUAAAUUCGCUAAGGCCUAGGAAGAAGCGACAGAGAAAUAUGGACGGAGACUGGGUCGACUCUAGCAAAGCGGAAGGGAUGACAAUACAGCAUUUGUCACCAAAUGAGCAAGUUCAACAUGAAGAGGUCCAUAAUGAAAAGGGCUCUCCGUCAGUACCCAGGAAAAGGCCCUCGCGAAACAAGCCCUCUUACGACCCGUUCCUUCUUGUUCCGUGCCGCAAGUUCCCAACACGUAGUGCUGUGCCUUUUGAUGUUCUUAUCCAAUCAGAAACAUUGGUGGUCAUGGACACGCAUGCACAUAUGUCAACUACCGAGGUGAUUGGUCUUUUAGGAGGCACUUAUUCGCAUGAUUCGAGGAAAUUGAAGGUUUCCAAGGCCAUACCUUGUCGGAGUUUAAGCACAGGACUACAAUGUGAAAUGGAUCCUGUAUCCCAGACCCAGGCCUCUGAGGAAUUGGCUCUGCGAGGACUGGCCGUUGUGGGCUGGUACCACUCGCAUCCAACAUUCGCUCCAAUUCCUUCUGUGCGUGAUAUCGAGACUCAAGCCAAAUUCCAGGAAUGGUUUGGAAAGGGUGGCGCGCCAUUCAUUGGAAUCAUCGUCAGUCCGUACAAUUACAGUAAUGUAUCCAACCAAUCACAAAUAAGAUGCUUGACAGUUAGUGACGAGUGGGAGUCUGCUGGCCAGUACAGAUUGCCGUACCAAUUUGACUACGAGGUGUUCGGAGAUGAAGCUGACGAGGACGACACGGUGGAACAAGUUAGAAGCAUAGCGGAUGAUUACAGAAGAUAUCCCUUUCGGGUUCAACUGAACAGACGAUUUGGGGCCUCCACAAGCCUCGACCUCUUGGAUAAGCUGUUGGAUUCUUUACGGGCCCGAAUCAACAACACAUCUCAUGAUAAAAAAGAAGCAUUCUUGGAUAGGUUGAGGAAUACUAUCUCUGAAAAUAUCAAACUCCAAACACCCAUCCAAGAUAACGAGCAUAGAGAAAAUUCCUUGCAAGAAUAACAAAGUGUAGCUACACCCAUAGCCACGCCCCUAGCUACGCUCAUAGCCACGCCCAUAGUCACGCCCAUUACUUUGCAUUACAUUUUCUGUUUAUAGAAAGAGUUCUCUUGGCGUUUUAAUAUUUAAAUUUAUGUCUACAUUUUCUAUUUUAUUAUAUACACCAAGAAAGGCCACCCCUCAAUGAUGGUGUACAUACAGAACACAAAAUUGUAAAAUUGUAUACUAGGCCCGAAUUCUUGAUAGUUCUUUUUAUGACAAAGCUAGGUAAAUGUUUAUUGUGUACAGAAAAACAGACCACGGAUAUUUAUAUUCCACAAAAGUAUUUAUUAAGGUAAAAGGAUAAAUACCGGUAAAUGCAAUGYACUUCUUCGCCAAUGUUSGCAUAUCAACAAUUUUUSGWAUUUUUCGUACAAACAGAAAACCUCCUCCAUAGAUCAGUUUAUCAUGUCGAAUUUAGUAAAUGGAGCAGGAAGGCUUAGUUUUUUGUUGGAAUGAAAAAAACAAACAAACAAACAAACAAACAAGCAAACAAAUAUUGGGAAAGCGUGGCAUCGGCAAAGUAGUCCAUUAAAGAUCCAGUGUAUAAAGAAUGUACAAAGAAUAUACGCUACGAUUUCUCCAAAGUAUAAAAUUUUAUUUACGUCCUCGUUAAUGAAUAUGUGCUUUAAAACUUACUGCUGUUAUUUUUGGUGACCCCAAUAACAGCUGCGAAAAGACUUCAUACCAAAAGAUGCAAAUAUCUCUUUACGGACAGUCGGCUAGCGCUGCUGUUCAUACCCCAGGGGCUGGACUCCCCUAUAACAAGGCCCGGGGGGUGCUCGUCGUACCCCUUAGGGUUAAGGGUGUUCAGCCUCAAAGGUCGACAGGGGGAGUUUUCGCGGUACUUUUCAGGAUAUUGAGCCGAAAAAAUAUGUCAGGCGAUAAUUUCUUGUGUUAGAAAUGGUACCGGCUUAGGGGUAAAGAAAAAAAUCAAGCCAAGCACUUCACUAUGGCACUUCUUAUGGAUUCUUUCCAAAAUUUCCGACGAGCAUAUGGGAGUACCCUCCGGGGGUUCAAUGAUUAAUUCAUAGAUCAGAUUUAAGAGUGCAAAUCACCAAAAGCUCAUAAACAAAGUAAACUAAAUACACGAAUGUCAGACUUAACGUUCGCAAUAAUGGACGAUAUAAUAUGCUAAA